GUCACUAGUACUGCCUGGGGAAGCAGUUUGCUGAGUUCGGUCGCUAACAAUCCACGACAUCAGAGAGGUCGCAGACGACUGUGAAUCUGACCCGUGAGACGGGAUCCUUCAACAUGGCGCACGGUCCGUGGGCUUUGCUGGUGACCCUGGUCACCGCCGCUACAUGGAUAGAUGCCCAGAAUGUUCAAUAUAUACCGACUAUCAGCCAUGGCGCUGAUGUCAUCUUCCUGCUGGACGGGUCAGCACGAGUGACCUCUGCUGACUGGUCUUAUCUCCAGCACUGGCUGCAACAGCUGACCGAGUACUGGCAGCUAGGGCCCUCGGGAGUACAGGUUGGAUUUUACACCUACGGCAAUGGCGGCCACCAGCAGUAUACACUGCAGCAAGGCACGAACUACCAGCAGGUGGCGGCCAACAUCCAGAGGAUGCAGCUGUAUGGCGGCCCUGCCAGUGCCGGGGAAGCCAUGCUGAUGGCCUACCGUGACGGAUUCUCCGCCCAGAACGGCGGCCGCCAGGGGGUGCCUCACAUCAUAGUGAAUGUGGGAGCCGGGCCUGCCGCCGACAGCGCCUUGUACCAACAGGAAGUGCAGGCGGCCAAGCAGCAGGGCAUCGCCGUGUACAACGUGGGCAUCGGGCCCGGCAGCAGCCUCAGCAGCAGCGAGAUGGCCGCCGUGGCCAGUGUACCCGCCACCCGCUACGUGUACUCUGCCCAGAACUUCGGCACCCUGCCCACCAUCACCGAGUCCCUCGCCACCAGGAUCGCCGAUGAACUCCCGGCAUCCGGCAGUCUACCUGCAGCAACCCCAGGUUGCCUUCAGCGAGCUGACGUGGCCUUCUUGGUGGACGGGUCGUCAAGUGUGGGAGAGACUCACUUCCAGCGACUUCUCAACUACGUCAAGACCUUCUCCAGCCAGCUGCCCGUCUCCCCCACCGGUGUGCACGUGGGGGUCAUGCAGUUCAGCAGCCUGCCCUCCACAGAGUUCGGCCUCGGCGUCUACACGGACAGAGAAAGUCUUCUCAAGGCGAUCGACAACAUCCACUACAACGGCGGUGGCACCAACACAGGCGCUGCCCUGGAGGCUGCUCGCACCCAGAUGUUUUCGCAGGGCAUGGGCGCCCGCGCGCAGGUACCCCGGGUGGCUGUGGUGAUCACGGACGGCCAGUCGUCGUCCAUGACGGAGACGGUGAAGCAGGCGGAUGCUGCACGCAAGGAGGGCAUCAGCGUCAUUGCAGUGGGUGUGGGCAGCGGCGUCAACCAAGCGGAACUGCGCGGCAUCGCCGACAACCCUAACGACGUCUUCAACAUUAACGACUACGACCAGCUGUCGACCCUCAGCGCCAGCAUCCUACAGCAAGCCUGCAAGGCCACAGCCACAGCUGCUCCGGUGUCUGCUACCCUCAGUCCAUCCGUGCACGACCCCUGUCAGGACGCCCUCCCCAACUGCGCCUCCUACGCCGCCGACACCUGCACCACCUACGCCGACUGGGCCAAGACUAACUGCCAGCGAUACUGCAAGCUGUGCACUCCCCUCAGGGGCGAUAUCCUGCCGACCUGCACCGACAAACGCAGCGACUGCGGCAGCUACGACAGCUCGGUGUGCAGCGACCCACAGUACAAGGGGUGGGCGCGAGACAACUGCGCCUUGUUCUGCGGCCUGUGUGGAUCGGACACAUCGUCAAACGGAUAUUACGGCCAGUGCUUCUACAAGAGCAAGACUUACUCUACCGGCGAGACGUGGUACGACGGCUGUGAUUACCAGUGCACUUGCGAGAACGGCCAGACCGGCCAGUACAGGUGUUACAACAGGUGUCCGCUGUACCAGAACCUGCCCGCGCAGUGCACUCUGGUGAAGGCGCCUGGCGAGUGCUGUCUGCAGCCCGUCUGUAACUUCAAUCCCACCAUCACCUCCAGCAUCACCUCCGGCCGUGGCCAGACUGCCAGCGGCAUGAGUGUGUGCGAAUACCUGGGCCACCAGUAUGUACAAGGAGAGAGCUGGGACGUGGGCUGUUCCUCCAAGUGUACCUGUCAGAAUGCUCAGACCGGCGAGAUCCGAUGCCAAGACUACUGCCCGCGGUACGGCGCGCUGCCCUCCAACUGCCACUUGCAGCAGAAGAUGGGUCAGUGCUGCGCCGAGCCUGUCUGCGAGUUCAACACACAGGUGGGCAGCAUCACCGGCCACGGCAUGACCAGCGGCAGAGGAGCAGAUGCUCACCCCACCGACCCCCUGCCCUGUGUGGACGUGCUGCCCAACUGUGCGCAGUACACGCAGUCCGCCUGCAAGGACCCCUACAUCCCCUGGGCCCGGGACAACUGCCGCGCCUUCUGCAACCUGUGCACAACGGGCAGAGCGGUGGCCACACCAAACGACAACUGCACGUACGAUGGCAAGAUGUACAAGCAGGACCAGACCUGGCUGGUGGGCUGUGACCAGCAGUGUGUCUGCGAGGACGCAGUCUAUGGCUAUUAUCGCUGCUAUAACAGAUGUCCGCAGUACACCAAUGUACCCUCCGAGUGCACCCGAGCCCCGGCAGGUGACGGAUGCUGUGAGACGAUCACGUGUCCCGCCAGCAGCCUCUUGACACCAUCCACCACCAACAUCCUGUCGCUGGGCUCCGGCAACGGCAUCAUGCAGCCUAACCCCCUCUCACCCACUGGUCAGCUGAUCCAAGUAGUACCCACCCUGCCACCCGGAGCAACAGUGGGACCCAACACCGCGGUGACUGGUUACCAAGUGCCUCCUAUCAGUGGAUGUCUGUACAAUGGAAAGGUGUUUGUGCAAGGCCAAAGGUGGGACGAUGGCUGUAUCCAGGUGUGCGAGUGUACCAAUGCCUCGCAAGGUUUCUACUCUUGUUCUUCAAGGUGCCCCACUUAUCAGAACCUACCUGUGGGCUGCACCCUACAGCAAGACCCAGCUGACGCCUGUUGUCGCGUACCUGUAUGUCAGCCAGGUGUGCAGUCGAUUCCUGUACCUGUAUACACGUCAGGCUCGGUGUCCAGCAGUCAAGUUCGCCCCCCGAACUUCUCCGAGCUGCUCCCCACAACAUCCACCCUGUAUGUGACUCAGCAGUUCUCGCAGGGGGGAGGAAACACACCCCCGUCCAUGCCUACCGGGCCAAUACCAACCGGCGGUAUCGGAUACUGUGUGUACAAGAACAAGAUGUACCGCCAGUCCGAGAGGUGGGUUGACGGCUGUGACUACAACUGCAUCUGCGAGGACGCCUCCACGGGCUUCUGGCGCUGCGCCGACAUGUGUCUCAAAUACCCGCCAAUGAACCAGUACUGUCAGCUGAUAGCCGACCCGGACUCGCCAUGCUGCAAAAAGCCCUUCUGUCAAAUCCCCGGAGUUCUCGGAGGUCUUGUGGGCCUGGGGUCCACACCUAUGCCUGUGGUCACAACGAUGCCAUCCGUCUCUUUCACCCCUACAGAGUCACCCAAGCCCGCCACUUGUGUGUACAAGGGCACUCAGUACGCUCAGGGCCAGCAGUGGUUUGACGGUUGCGACUCCAAGUGUGUCUGUUAUGACGCGUCCUCCAACCUUUACACCUGCAGCCAGAGGUGUUCUACAUACUACGGAAUUGACACCAGCCGCUGCACCAUGAAGCCUGACCCCUCCGACCCCGCCUGCUGCACCAUCCCGGUGUGCACGCCGAUAACUGCGACCCCACCCACAGGUCCCACACCCGUACCCUCCGUCCCCGGUGGAAGUUUCGUGGUCACCAACGUGCCUGGGAUAGGCUACUGUGACUACAAGGGCACUCGCUACUCCCAAGGACAAGUGUGGCAGGACGGGUGUGACUACAAGUGUAACUGUGUCGAUGCCAGCAAAGGACAGUACCAGUGUAACGAGAUCUGCCCACGUUUUCCCGAACUCCCAGCUGAGUGUCGACUGGUUCCGGACUUUGCCGAGCCCUGCUGCAAGAAGCCGACCUGCAACUUUGAGGGCAUCGCCAGCGGCAUCAACGGCCAGGCCAACCUGAACACCCCCGCCCCUGUCCUCACCCCCGCCCCAGGGAAGACUGCCGUGUGUGUGUACAACGGCGUCAACUACUACCAGGGGCAGACCUGGGACGACGGUUGUGACAGGCGCUGUCGCUGUGAGGACGCCGUCCAGGGCAUCUACGUCUGCAACGACAGGUGUGCCAAGUACCCGCCACUGCCCUCCACCUGCAUGCUGGUGACCGACCCAACAGACCAGUGCUGCAAAAUUCCUCAGUGCAACUUCAUUCCGGUGCCUGGUGGGAUAUCAGGCCAGGGACCAACGCCCUACCCCACUGCUGUACCCGGCCACAUCCAGGGACAGGCCAACGUACCCACACCUGGCCCCGGGAUGCAGGCCCCCAAGAUAGGCUACUGUGUGUACAGCGGAGUGCGGUACGGCCAGAAGGAGACGUGGACUGACGGCUGCGACUACAACUGCACGUGCGAGGAUGCUGACAUUGGCAAAUAUCUUUGCGAUGAAAUAUGCCCCAAGUUCCCCAGUCUUCCAGCAGAGUGUCGACUGGUCAAGGACCCCGCCAAGCCGUGCUGCUACAAGCCGGACUGUUCCUUCAGUCCCCUCUCGGGUGGCAUCACUGGGGCAGGCGCCACGGUGACCCCAGGCCCUGUUUCCACGAUUACUCCCCCCUUUGGGCCUGGAGUCGUGACGAUAAGUCCAACCUUCGGCACCACCCAGUCGCCUUUGCCUGUGUGCGUGUACCGCAAUGUGCCGUACGGCCAGGGCCAGACGUGGUACGACGGCUGCGACUACCAGUGUGUGUGUGAGAACGCCGUGCAGGGCAUCUACAGGUGUAACGACAGAUGUCCAUCGUACCCGGUACCCACCGGUGUGAAGUGCACCAUGAAGCCUGACCCCAAGGACCCCAUGUGCUGCCUCCUCCCGCAGUGCGACACGCCUUCCCCCACACCCAUCUCGCCCAACGGCCCGUACAUAGUGCCCACCGUCGCCCCGCAGGGUGUCAUUACGGGUGGCAGUGUCACCCCGACUCCGGGACCCAGUGGUUCCACAGUUAAUCCACCGCUAGGACCGACCCAGGCUCCAGUGCCUAAAGACGUGUGCGUGUACAAGGGUCUGGAGUACAGACAGGGUCAGAAGUGGCAAGAUGGCUGCGACUACAACUGCGAGUGUGUGGACGCCCCUAACGGCCAGUACCGAUGCACGGAGAUGUGCCCGCGCUACCCACCCAUCCCCAGCGGCUGCUACAUGGUGCGUGACGUGUACAACCCGUGCUGCCAGACACCCGUCUGCCCCUUCCUGCCCACGGAGCCUCCCACCCAGACCCCGUUACCCGUUGUGACGUCAGCCCCUCCCACGGCACCCAACGGACAGACGCUUCGUCCUCCUUCUCUCAACACUCCGGCGCCGACAAACGUGUGCAUAUACAACGGCGUGCCCUACACCCAGGGCCAGACGUGGACCGACGCAUGCGACCUCCGGUGUCGGUGCGAGAACUCCAACCUCAACAUCUACCGAUGCAACCAGCGGUGCGCGAGAUACGAUUUGUUGCCAGGGUGCACCUUGGUAACCGACCCACGUGACUCCUGCUGUCUGGUGCCAUCCUGCCAGCCGUCGCUGCCCCCCACUCAGGCCCCCAACGUCAAUCCGGGCAACCAGCCAACCUCCAACCCCACAGCCAUACCUAUCCCAACCGCCAUCCCAGGUGUGGUGGUCGGCAACUCAGUAAACAACCCUAACACAAACAACCCUAAGAAUGAAACCAUGUGUGUGUACGACGGCAAGAUCUACAAGACAGGUGAGACGUGGAUGGACGGCUGCAACUACAUCUGCGAGUGCAAGGACCAGACUACUGGCCGAUACGAGUGUCACGAGAGGUGCCCGCCCUACAUCAACGUGCCGUCCUACUGCGUCAUGGUGGUGGACCCUAACGACGCGUGCUGCAAGCGGCCCGUGUGCGCCAACCCCGUCACCGCCACGCCCGUCCCCAACCCCUUCUCCACCCCCAACCCCAACCCCGUCCUCACGCCGGCGCCGCUCACCAAAGACGUGUGUACCUACAAGAACGCCAUCUACGUGGAGGGCCAGCAGUGGUACGAUGACUGCUCUAAGGUCUGUGUGUGUGAGGACGGCAAGACCGGCUUCUACCGCUGCUCAGACAGGUGCAAGACUUACGAGACAGUGCCGGCCGGUUGCACGCUGGUCGUCGACCCCAAGGACCCCGCCUGUUGCAAGGUGCCUCAGUGCGCCCCGACCCCAGGGCCAGCUGGCUUCCCGACACCCCUACCCGGACAGAGUCCCACACCCUUCAUCGUCACCAACGUCCCUGGUGUUGUCACCGGCCGCCUUCCGACACCUACCCCGGGUACAAGCGGGCAAACGCCACCACCUAACAACGCCUGUGUGUACAAGGGUCGUCAGUAUGCCCGCGGACAGCGCUGGCAGGACGGCUGUGACUACAACUGUGUCUGCGAGAACGAAGUCACUGGAGAAUACAAGUGUACAGAAAGAUGCAACAGCUACCCCCUGGUUCCUCCCCAGUGCCACAUGCAGGCUGACGCCAAGGACUUCUGCUGUGAGGUCAUGGUGUGUGACCUCUCCAUCAGCACCCCCAACCCCUUCCUGACACCAGCGCCCGGCACUAACCCAACAGGAACCCCCGGCCUGCCCACUGUGGUACCCAACCCCAACCAGAGCCCCAACCCCAAUGAGACCCCCAAGCCCAUCCCCGGCACCUCCUCCCCAACGCUGAACCCUCCAAUCACCCCCAACCCCCUCGUGACCUUUGCUCCGCAGCCAUUCUGCGUGUACCGCGGGGUGGCGUACCGACAGGGCGACACGUGGGAAGACGGGUGCACCAGGCGAUGUCGUUGUGACGACGCGUCCAACAGCGUCUACACCUGCUUCGACAGGUGUCCUUCCUACAAAAAUGUUGACGCCUCGUGUAGACUGACUCUGGACCCCAAUGACCCCUGCUGUCAGGUGCCUGUCUGUGGAGCUCUGCCUACUCUGGCUCCAACCUUCAGUCCUGGCCAGACACCUGGCGUCGGCCUCACCCCGGCACCGACACCCACGCCCUUUGCAGUACCCCAGAGGAUUCCCGGAGGCUCCAUCACCGGCGAGAACCCCAACACUAAUCCCAACGGCAAGAGCACAAUGUGUAGUUACAAGGGGAUGACGUACACCCAGGGUCAGAAGUGGGAUGAUGGCUGCGACUACAGCUGCGAGUGCGUUGACGAGAAGACGGGGCGUUACGUCUGCAACCAGAAGUGUGACACCUAUGUCAACGUCCCGCCCUACUGCGUCCUGGUCAAGGACCCCAACGACCAGUGCUGCAUGACGUCACAGUGCAUGCCGCCAGUCACUCAGGCUCCGACCUUCUAUCCUGGUCAGCCCACCCCGGGUAGAACAGUCCAGCCUCCUCUCUCCACUCCAGUCCCCUCCCCCGGCAGCGUGUGUAUCAUGAAUGGCCGGUCCUACACACAAGGACAGCAGUGGUACGAUGGCUGCAAACAGAUCUGUGUCUGUGAGAAUGGCAUGACAGGCUUCUACAGAUGCACCCAGAGGUGUGCUGAUUAUCCUAACAGCGAUCCAACAUGCGUGGUUGUACCUGAUCCCAGUGACCCUACAUGCUGUACUGUGCCCCAGUGCCCCAGUGUCCAGAACCCCAACAUUCCACAGCCAGUGAAGGGCACGAUUACUGGCAGCGGUACCCCGUCCACUCCUGCACCCACACCCUUAGGUCAGACUCCAUCGCCAGGACAAACCUUUGCACCUGGUCAAACCUAUCCUCCUGGCUACACCUUCCCACCAGGCGGUACUCCUCCACCAGGUAUGACACCUGCACCUGACCAGAUCUUUACACCUGCACCAACAUACCCACCAGGUUACACUUUCCCAACAGCAGCAACACCAGGACCUGGACAGACUCCAGCACCUGGCCUGACUUAUCCACCAGGAUACACCUUCCCACCAGGUGGCACGCCACCACCAGGUAUGACCCCAGCACCAGGACAAACAUAUCCACCCGGCUAUACCUUUCCAACGGCAGCAACUCCAGCACCCGGAAUGACCCCAGUACCAGGACAAACAUAUCCGCCCGGAUAUACUUUCCCUCCUGGAGGCACUCCUCCUCCUGGAAUGACACCUGGGCCUACUUUCCCUCCUGGUUACACAUUCCCGACGGCGGCUACACCUGCGCCAGGUCAAACUCCUGCACCUGGUUUAACAUAUCCACCCGGAUAUACAUUCCCUCCUGGUGGUACUCCUCCACCCGGAAUGACACCUGCCCCUGGAAAAACAUAUCCUCCAGGCUACACCUUCCCAACUGCAGCCACGCCGGCACCUGAUCAGACACCCACUCCUGGCCAGACAUACCCGCCAGGAUACACAUUCAGACCAGGUGAUACGCCACCACCCGGAAUGACACCAGCACCUGGAAUGAUAGUCCCCACACCGGCCAGGACAUACCCACCAGGAUACACCUUCCCAACGGCAGCAACUCCAGGUCCCAACCAGACUCCAGCACCAGGUCUGACCUAUCCACCAGGAUAUACAUUCCCGCCAGGCGGCACCCCACCUUCUGGAAUGACCCCAGCACCCGGCCAGACAUAUCCACCCGGAUAUACAUUCCCUACAGCAGCUACACCACCUAAGGGAUUCACAGUAGUUCCAGGUGUGACCUAUCCCGCGGGAUACACAUUCCCACCAGGAGGCACUCCUCCACCUGGCUUAACACCCGGGCCUACAUUCCCACCAGGGUACACUUUCCCCACAGCAGCUACACCUGGCCUCGGCAUGACACCAGCUCCAGGUCAGACAUACCCACCUGGCUACACCUUUCCACCAGGUGGUACACCACCUUCUGGUAUGACGCCAGAGCCAGGAAAGACAUAUCCACCUGGAUAUACCUUCCCCACUGCAGCAACACCUGCACCUGAUCAGACACCUCAACCUGGGGAAACCUAUCCACCCCAUUUUACUCUUCCUCCAGGAGAAACCCCAUCACCCAUUCAAACGUUCCCCCCUGGCUACACUCUACCACCGGGAGUAACACCUGGGCCUGACAUGACACCACCUCCAUGGAUGGUUUUUACACCCGGGCCAACCUUCCCACCCAAUUACACAUUCCCAACAGCAGCUACUCCUGCACCAAACCAGACUCCAGCACCCGGUUUGACCUAUCCACCUGGAUACACAUUCCCACCAGGUGGCACUCCACCUCCUGGAAUGACCCCAGCACCAGGACAAACAUAUCCACCCGGAUAUACAUUCCCUACAGCUGCUACUCCUGCACCUGGACAGACACCUGUACCUGGCCAGACCUACCCACCAGGAUACACUUUCCCACCAGGAGGCACUCCACCACCAGGAAUGACGCCAGCACCUGGACAGUUUCCCACUCCUGCCAGAACAUAUCCCCCAGGAUAUACUUUCCCCACUGCUGCUACACCUGCACCUGGGCAAACAGCAGGACCUGGGUUGACAUAUCCACCAGGCUACACGUUCCAACCAGGUAACACACCUCCUCCAGGUAUGACUCCAGCACCAGGUAAAACUUAUCCACCUGGAUACACAUUCCCCACAGCUGCAACACCAGGACCUGGACAGACUCCAGCACCUGGCCAGACUUAUCCACCAGGAUACACCUUCCCACCAGGUGGCACACCACCACCAGGUAUGACCCCUGGCCCUAAUGUUUUCACACCUGGACAAACAUUCCCUCCCGGAUAUACCUUCCCAACGGCGGCUACACCUGCACCAGGUCAGACUCCUGCACCUGGUUUAACAUAUCCACCCGGAUAUACGUUCCCCCCUGGUGGUACUCCUCCACCCGGAAUGACACCUGCCCCAGGACAGACAUACCCGCCAAGAUAUACAUUCCCGACGGCCGCUACACCGGCACCUGAUCAGACACCCACUCCUGGCCAGACAUACCCGCCAGGAUACACAUUCAGACCAGGUGAUACGCCACCACCCGGAAUGACACCAGCACCUGGAAUGAUAGUCCCCACACCGGCCAGGACAUACCCACCAGGAUACACUUUCCCAACAGCAGCAACACCAGGACCUGGACAGACUCCAGCACCUGGUCUGACCUAUCCACCAAGAUAUACAUUCCCGCCAGGCGGCACCCCACCUUCUGGAAUGACUCCAGCACCCGGCCAGACAUAUCCACCCGGAUAUACAUUCCCAACAGCAGCUACCCCACCACCAGGGUUUACUCCAGCACCUGGCCAGACCUACCCACCAGGAUAUACGUUCCAACCUGGAGGUACUGUUCCACAUGGAUUGACUCCUGCCCCUACCUUUCCACCCGGAUAUACCUUCCCUACUGCAGCCACUCCUGGACCUGGGCAGACCCCAGCCCCAGGUCUUACUUAUCCACCUGGCUACACCUUCCAACCAGGUAACACGCCACCACCGGGAAUGACUCCUGCUCCAGGUAGAACAUAUCCUCCUGGGUAUACAUUCCCAACAGCCGCCACACCUGGACCGGGACAAACACCUUCCCCAGGUUUAACUUAUCCACCUUUUUACACUUUCCCUCCUGGUGGCACUCCUCCUCCUGGUAUGACGCCUGGGCCUAAUGAUGUCUUUACUCCCCCCAACACAUACCCACCCGGGUACACAUUUGCUCCAGGAGUAACUCCGCCGAAGGAUAUGACAGUCCCACCUGGUGUCUUCCUAACCCCAGCACCUACAUUCCCUCCAAACUACACAUUCCCUACAGCAGCCACACCAGCACCCGGAAUGACACCCGUGCCUGGCAUGACCUACCCACCAAACUACACCUUCCCACCAGGUGGUACUCCGCCUCCAGGCAUGACACCUGCACCCGGAAAGACAUAUCCUCCAGGAUACACAUUCCCUACAGCUGCUACCCCCGCACCUGGUCAGACAUAUGCACCCGGGCUCACUUAUCCACCUGGAUACACUUUCCCGCCGGGUGGCACCCCGCCUCCUGGAAUGACUCCCCCACCUGGGAUGUUCCCAACUCCUGGUCGCACAUAUCCACCUGGAUACACGUUUGUACCUGGUGUCACACCUCCUUUGGGCCUGACACCUGCGCCAGGUCAGACCUAUUCACCUGGAUACACCAUGCCACCUGGAGUCACCCCACCUCCCGGGUUCACACCUGGUCCAGGAGAGACGUUCAUUCCUCAGCCAGGAGUCACACAGACUCCCAAGCAAGAGGUUUGCGUGUACAACGGUGUAAGCUACAGGGAAGGACAGCGCUGGAGGGACGGCUGUACCUAUGACUGCGUGUGCAUUGAUGCCAAGAGUGGACAGUACAGGUGUACCGACAGGUGCGGCAAGUUCCCGGCUAUCGUGACCAGCGGCUGCACAAUGCAGCGCGACCCCAACGACCCCUGCUGUGAGAUUCCCGUCUGCACUUCUGGUGCACCUACACUCUCCCCGACAAGCAAGCCCGGGGAAAUCCCAACAGUCAGCCCCAACCAGGUGCCCAACUCGGCUGUGUGCGUCUAUCAGGGUGUGCCGUACACCCAGGGGCAGAUGUGGAACGACGGCUGCGACAAGCGCUGUCGCUGUGAGGAUGCCAUGACACGCACAGUCAGCUGUGACGACAGGUGUCCCACUUACCCCAACAUGCAGCCCAACUGUCGCAUGGCCACUGACCCCCAGGACCCCUGCUGCCAGAUACCAAUCUGCUCCAACCCCAACACCGGCGACCCCACCAGGGUGAUCACUGGCCUCCCGGGUACCAUCAGCGGCAACAGCCUGCCACCGCAACAACCCAACCCGCUGGUCCCGAGAAUGAACGUGUGCGUGUACCGCGGGGUGGAGUACAACCAGGGCAAGACGUGGGAUGACGGCUGCUCCUACACCUGCGUGUGUGACGACGCGGCAGCCGGACACUACACCUGCACUGAAAGGUGUGCUCGCCUGCCAAGCCUGCCAUCUACCUGCACUCUGGUCCAAGACCCCAAGGAUCUCUGCUGUCAGGUCGCCAGCUGCCCUGUCAACCCCACCCCACAGACUGUCACCCCCUACACCGGACCCCCGACUGCAGCCCCCACUAGCAAGACGCUGGCCCCCAACCCCUUCGUCACCCCCGCGCCAUCGCCAGUGCCAGGUAUGUGCCUGUUCAAGAACCAGUAUUACCGCGAGAAGCAGGUUUGGUACGACGGCUGCAACGCUAUUUGCACCUGUGAGGAUGGAAACACUGGUUUCUACCGGUGCCAGUCCAGGUGUGGUGACUACCCCAAGGUUGACCCAUCCUGCAUCAUGGUACCCGAUCCCAAGGAUCCAACAUGCUGCCAGGUACCCGAGUGCCCUCUGAUCCCGUCAGGCGGCACGACUCCCGGGCAGCCCACCAUCAUCAGGCCCACUCAGCCCACUGCUGUCUUCACCAACAUGCCCACCCCGUCACCUCGCCCAGAAGUGACACCUGCGCGCGGCCCUGACGGCAACACCUUGUCUCCACAACCCGCCUCCACACAGGUGCCGGAACUUCGAACAGGGUGCUACUACAAAGGUCGGGUGUACCAUGGCAACGAGCGAUGGGAUGACGGGUGCGAGUUCCAAUGCGCAUGUCUGGAUGACAUGACCGGCCAGUAUGAGUGCAACGAAAGGUGCCCACGUGUGCCCUCGCUUCCCAGCGGCUGUGUGUUUAUCGCCGAUCCCCAGGACUCGUGUUGCGAGGUUCCUUACUGUGACUUCGGACCCCAUCCCUUCACCAACGGUAUUCCAACACCCAACCCUAACCAGACGCCAACUACUCACACAACUGUGGCCGUCUUCAUCCCUGGCUUCGUCACCAAGUUCGGCGGCGGCGAAGCAACGACAACAUUUAACCCCAACAGCAACAUUGGAGGAACCAGUGAGGUGUGUGUAUACAAGGGGGUGCUCUACCGCGCCGGUCAGACAUGGAAUGAAGGUUGCUCCCAGACUUGUGUGUGCGACGACGCAGUUCAUGGACUUUACAGCUGUAAAGACAGAUGCCCAAGCUUCAGUCAGCUAGAUGCUGCCUGUGUGCUGCGCACCAACCCCGCCGAUCCGUGCUGCCUCGUACCCGACUGUAACCCCAACUACAUCACCCCAGUACCCGGCGGCGUGGUGAGUGGUGCCAACCCCUCGCUACAACCCGCCACAGGCCCCAGCGUCACUGGCACGCGCCCUGACAUCAUCAUCGCACCCACAGCGGCACCCGCCAUUUUCACAGGCACCCGACCCAAUAUCAACCCCAACAACCCCAGCAUGUCAGGCUACAGCACCAUGUGCGUGUACAAGGGGCAGCUGUACGGGCAGGGCAGCCAGUGGCAGGACGAGUGUCAGUACAAGUGCGAGUGUGUGGACGCCAUGAAAGGCCUUUACCGCUGCACCGAGAGAUGUAGCAGCUACUACUUCCUGCCCAAGGGCUGUACAUACGAGACUGAUCCCAAAGAUGCUUGCUGCAAGGUGGCCCGCUGUCACCCCGCGGACUUCCCCACCCCUACCCCCAUGGCUACUUCCAUCCCCACGACGGCGCCAGUCAGCACGCCCAAGAUUGUCUCGCCUGGUGAGACGACACCAUCCGGCGUGGUGAGCGGUAACCCUGGGCCCGUGUUCCAGGGCACGCGCACACCGAUCGGCUCCACCGUGCAGACCUUCACCGGCAAACCGUUCGGUAUGUGCGUAUACACGACCGGCGCCACCUACAGUCAGGGACAGGAGUGGACAGACGGAUGUGCCUACAGGUGUCGCUGUGAAGACGCCAACACAAAUGGCUACAAGUGUGACUUCAGGUGCCCCGUGUACUCUGACUUGCCUCAGUACUGCCACCUGAUCACCGACCCCGCUGACCCCUGCUGCCAGAAGGUUUACUGCGAACCUGUGCUGGGCAAAGAGCUGGUGCCGGUGCCUGGCGACAACAGGCCCACCGUGUCGCCCACCAUGUCGCCCACCAUCACCAACGUCGUGCCAGUCGGCACCCACACCAUCAUCUCGGGUUCCAGUCUGCCGUCCGGUCAGACCAUACCUGCUUUCUUCGGUGGAACGCAGGUGUGUGUGUACAAGGGCACAGCUCACCAGCCUGGUGAAUCCUGGGAUGACGGCUGUGACUUCACCUGCACGUGUCUGAACAAAGAGCCUGGCGUCUAUCAGUGCACCAGCAAGUGUCCCAAGUAUCCACCCUUACCCAGGUACUGCAGCUUGGUAGACGUACCCGGCCAGUGCUGUCCCAGCAUGCACUGCAACAUUCCCGACAUUGGGGCCUACACACCGAUCCCACAGACCGAGCCCCGCCCCGUGCCCACGAUGAUUCCAGGCGCCGUGCCUUCCCAGAAUCCUCAGAUGGUCUUGUCGGGCCUGCUACCCAUGACAGGAGCCAGCAACCUGCCGGGCAACGGCUACAUCCUGAGCAACCCCAGCGCCAUCGGCGGCAUCAGCGAUCGCUGUGUGUACCUGGGUACCGACGGUCAGUAUCGGGUGUACAAACAAGGCGAGUUCUGGAACAUCAACACCUGCGACUACACUUGCAAGUGUCUGGAUGCCAGGAGUGGCUACUACCAGUGUACACCUAUGUGUCCAAACUACGUGCAAGGCAGCCUGCCACCUACGUGCUCCAUGGUCAACGUGGCCGGCCAGUGCUGUCCAUCGUUGCGCUGCACCAACCCCGACGGCACGGUCACCGACCCCACCAAGAACCCCGGCAACACCAAGGUGCCUGUCUACGGUGUCAUCGGCUCCGGCUACUCAGGCUUCAGGCCUGGCUACAUCCCCGGCCACACCAACAUAGUUGGUGGCAACUCUAAUGUGUGUACAUACGAGGGUAGGAUCUACACUCAGGGUCAGAAGUGGGAUGACGGCUGCAACUACGCCUGCGACUGCACAGAUGCCUCCACCGGCAUGUACACGUGCAGAAACAAGUGCGUGACGUACACCACACUUCCGCCUGUCUGUCGACUGGUGAAGGUGGGAAAUGACUGCUGUGCCAAGGUGACGUGCGACACCCCGGGUACCGCUAGCACCACCACCACCCACACCACGCCCACCGGUGCUUGCGUGGACAAGCUGACCAACUGCAACCAGUACGACAAGAACGUGGCCUGCGUGGGCGACUACAAGCCGUGGGCCGUGGACAACUGCCCAGCCUUCUGCGGAUACUGCACUGAGGUCACCACAAAGCCAGCAGGACCCUGUGUGGACAAACUGAACAACUGCGCCGCCUAUGGACAGACCGCCUGCACCGGCCAGUACGUGGCGUGGGCCACAGACAACUGCGCCAAGUACUGCAACCUGUGCCCCUGUGCGGACGUGCUGUCCAACUGUAACCAGUAUGGCUCCUUCGCUUGUGUGGGUCAGUACGCCGCCUGGGCACAGGACAACUGCAGGAAGACUUGCGGCUACUGCGGGGGAACAGUCACAACCACACCACCUCCAGGCACGGGCGAAGUCCCACAAGGUUGGGUGCUGCUCCUGAAGGGUGUGAGUGGAGCACCGGGUGACCUGUGGCAGCUGUGGGAGUCUCCGAACACCGCCAACACAGACAGACCUGCCGCCCAGCGCCUGACCUCCGAGUACCUGGGUCACUACAAGCCCGACAUCACCAACCACCUAGACUCAUGCGAUUUCGACAGGAUCAUGGUAGCAGUCUACAACAACGGCCAUCAAAUGGCCAACAUCGUCUUUGACGGCCGCAACACCGGCCACGACGACUGGUUCUCGCCAAGCCGCAUCAUCUCAUCCACCUACAACGACCUGACGUCACAGUCCAUCGCCCACUUCCAGCUGGCUGGCGACCCCGCCACUGGCCGCGAGUUCUACAUCGGCGGCACCAACAGCGGAUGCAGCGGCAGUGGGUGGAUCAUGGUGUCGACAAGGAACACCUGUUCCUACGAGUCGGGCACCAAGCCAGGCUUCUACUACUCAGCAGGCACCCAAGCCAGCAGCUGGGACAGUGGUCAGCUUCACUCCGGGGAUGUCUAUGCCAUCAUGGGCCAGGGUGGAAGCUGUCCAACGGGAGUCCUCCCACCCACCUCCAUCGUGUCCAACAGAAGCGAGGUGUGUGUGUACGACAACAAAAUCUACAAACAAGGCGAGUGGUGGCAAGACGGCUGCAACUACAACUGCACGUGCGAGGACGGAAAGCGCGGCUUCUACCGCUGCUACCAGCUGUGCCCGACCUACACCAACCUGCCCGCCACGUGUCAGCUGGUGAAGGCGGACGGUGAAUGUUGUCCCAAGCCAAUAGGACCCGGGUGUCCAGGAAAUACAGCAACCUGUUCGUACAAAGAUAACUACUACCAGCAAGGACAGCAGUGGAACGACGGCUGCGACUACAAGUGCACGUGUAAGGACGGACUGACUGGUCGAUACGAGUGUACCAGCAGGUGUCUGAACUUCCAGCUGCCCUCUGGCUGCCACAUGGACCCUGCCCCUGAAGGCAAGUGCUGCCCAGUGCCCGUGUGCCCGGCCAACAUCAUCAUCCAGUAUCCACCCGGCUACGUAGCCGAGUAAGGAGUUUGAGACUUGCCAUUACAACAUGGCCUUCAGACUGUGCGAACUAAGCAAGCAACGUGUGAAUGGACUGGAAACUCUUCAUGGAAUGAAUAAAUUAUAUGAAAUGUCAAAA